AUGAGAAGAGAGUAUACAGGUGAUUGGGUAAAUGAUAAAAAAACAGGAAAAGGAACAAUGUUUUAUUAAAAUGGAAAUAGAUAUGAUGGUUUAUGGUAAGAUGAUAAACCACAUGGAGAAGGACGUAUGAUAUAUGCAAAUGGGGAUGUAUAUGAAGGAGCAUGGUUUAAAGGUUUAAGAAGUGGAUAUGGUGUAUUAACUAAAAGAAAUGGUGAUCAUUUUGAAGGAUAUUGGGUCAAUGAUAAAAGAGUAAUUAUUAUUAUUAUAUAUUAUUAUUUAGGAAGGUUAAGGAUCUUACUUCUUUGCAACUAAAAAUUAAGUCUUUGUUGGUGAAUGGGUUGAUGAUAUGCCUAAAACAGGUGUGUAUUCUGAAGUUGAAGAUCCUUAUACUGUUAAAGAAGAGAGAGAAAAACAUUUUAUGGAUCCAUAUGUAUUACCAGAUGUUCCUAAAGUUGAAUUAUAAGAUCCUACUAAUGUUCUUAAAGAAUCCAUGGAAUUAGCUAGAAAAGAAAGAAUUAUUUAUAGAGCCAUUCAUAUUCCUUUAGAUGAAAUGUAUUCCAAAUAAGAAAUGGAAGAUUUGGCUCUAUAAUUCGAAUCUGCAUCCAAUUAAGAACAUAAAAUUACUUUAAUUAAUAGUAAAGCCAUAUUCUAAAGUAUGGGCUUUGAAAUUGAAGGUAUUUUCACUCUCUCUAUUUAUUUAGAAAAACUACUUUAAAGCUAUCUAAAACAUCUAUAAUAAGACAAGUAUAAUGAAUUUGAAAUUGAAUUGGAAACUUUCAUGAGAUUAGUGGCUAUUAUAUUAGAAAGUUAAGGCUAUGAUUAAUCAGAUAUCAAUAUUUGA